UAGUGACUGUUGUUCAUGGUAUAUCUAUGUCAUGGAAAAACUCCAAAAGAUGCUGCUUCUGUUCGAGCUACACAUCCUAUACCUGCGGCCUGUGGCAUAUACUAUUUUGAAGUUAAAAUUGUCAGUAAGGGAAGAGAUGGUUACAUGGGAAUUGGGCUUUCGGCACAGGGUGUGAACAUGAACAGACUACCAGGUUGGGAUAAACAUUCAUAUGGUUACCAUGGAGAUGAUGGACAUUCAUUCUGUUCCUCUGGAACUGGACAACCCUACGGCCCAACGUUUACUACGGGCGAUGUCAUUGGUUGCUGUGUCAACCUUAUCAAUAACACCUGCUUCUACACAAAGAACGGACACAGCUUGGGCAUCGCUUUCACAGAUUUACCGCCAAACUUGUACCCUACAGUAGGGCUUCAAACACCAGGAGAGGUUGUGGAUGCUAAUUUUGGACAACACCCAUUUGUAUUUGAUAUUGAAGACUAUAUGCGAGAAUGGAGAACCAAAAUUCAAGCACAAAUUGACAGAUUUCCAAUAGGAGAUCGGGAAGGAGAGUGGCAAACAAUGAUUCAGAAAAUGGUAUCAUCUUACUUAGUUCACCAUGGAUACUGUGCAACAGCAGAGGCAUUCGCCAGAUCCACAGACCAGACUGUGCUAGAAGAAUUAGCUUCCAUUAAGAAUAGACAAAGAAUUCAGAAAUUGGUUUUAGCAGGAAGAAUGGGAGAAGCCAUUGAAACAACACAACAGUUGUAUCCAAGUUUACUAGAAAGAAAUCCUAAUCUCUUAUUUGCAUUAAAGGUGCGCCAGUUUAUAGAGAUGGUGAAUGGUACGGACAGUGAAGUGCGGUGUUUGGGAGGCCACAGUCCAAAAUCUCAAGAUAGUUACCCUGUUAGCCCACGAUCAUUCAGUAGUCCUAGCAUGAGUCCCAGCCAUGGAAUGAAUAUUCACAAUUUGGCAACAGGCAAAGGGAGCAGCACACACUUUACUGGGUUUGAAAGUAGUUGCAGUAAUGGAGUAAUAUCAAAUAAAGCACAUCAGUCUUACUGUCACAGUAAACACACGACCACCAGCUUGAAUGUACCAGAGCUAAACAACAUAAAUGUAUCAAGAUCACAGCAGGUUAACAGCUAUUCCAGCAAUGAUGUAGACAUGGAAACAGAUCACUACUCCAAUGGGGUUGCUGAGACUUCGUCCAAUGGCUUCCUAAAUGGUAGUUCUAAACAUGAUCACGAAAUGGAAGAAUGUGACACAGAAAUGGAAGUAGAUUCAAGUCAGUUAAGACGUCAGCUCUGUGGUGGCAGCCAAGCAGCCAUUGAAAGGAUGAUCCAUUUUGGAAGAGAAUUGCAAGCAAUGAGUGAGCAACUAAGAAGAGAAUGUGGCAAAAACACAGUGAAUAAGAAAAUGCUCAAGGAUGCAUUCAGUUUACUCGCGUAUUCCGAUCCCUGGAGCAGCCCUGUUGGAAAUCAGCUUGACCCAAUACAAAGAGAACCAGUGUGCUCUGUACUUAAUAGUGCAAUACUAGAGACUCACAAUCUGCCAAAGCAACCACCGCUUGCCCUGGCCAUGGGACAGGCAUCACAGUGUCUAGGAUUGAUGGCUCGGUCAGGCAUUGGAUCCUGUGCGUUCGCCACAGUGGAAGACUACCUACACUAGCUAUGCAUUUGAAGGUCUGAAAGGUGUUGUGGCAUAUUCAACAUGGAAAGUAGACCAGCUCUGCUGACUGGAAUUUGGAAUUUUAAUUAUGUACUAAGGACAAGUCUGUCGCUUUAUGUUGCUUCCUAGUUUACAGCAUGAUGCAAAUGAUUUCUAACUUAGUGUUAGGAGAAAAUUUCCAUCUUUAAACCUCUUAGACAACUAAGAGUUGAAAAUAUCACUGGUAACGUCAGACAUCCAAAUUGACAAGUACCAAUCCUUUAAACGAUUGUCCAAAACAAACCAAAAAUCCUGCUACCUUGUGGUGGGACGGAAGACUUAGAAAACAUGGAUGUAUUAGCAUGUGGGUGAUGUAAAUGUCAAGCAGGAUGACUUGCCAACCUCCACCCCCAUUGUUACAUAGUUCAAUCAGUGUAAUUUGCAAAAUGCAAAUGGUUUGGAUAUAUAGUGUUGAUGGGAAGAAAUGAUAUUUUUUAAUGUGUACUGUAAAACUUGAAUUACUCAGGAGCUGAGUGAAUAUGUUUGUUGCUACUUACAAUCCCAACCUGUUGAUCUUAGUAGUUUUUUGUUUUAACAUGGUCUUUUCAACUUUGUUUCCUUGUUUAACUACAGACAGCUUCUGUUGUGUAGGCUCACCAGUUUAACUGUUGUAUUAUAACAGUAUUACAUGUCAACACAGUGUGGUUAUGACCUAUUUAUAUAAAAACCAAAUAUUUAGUCAAUUUACAGUCUUAAUUUAAUCUUUGUACACCUUGCAUUUUUAAAAGUGCUUAAAUAGUACUAUAUUGCAAUAAAAUGUAGUGAUAUCAUAAUUAACCAGCCAUUAAAAA